CUUUCAGGAAUCGACUUCAAAAUCCGAACGAUCGAGUUGGAUGGAAAGAAAAUCAAACUGCAGAUCUGGGACACAGCAGGUCAGGAGAGGUUCAGGACCAUCACAACGGCCUAUUAUAGAGGAGCCAUGGGCAUCAUGCUGGUGUACGACAUCACCAACGAGAAGUCCUUCGACAACAUCAAGAACUGGAUUCGCAAUAUCGAGGAGCACGCCUCUGCGGACGUGGAGAAAAUGGUUCUGGGAAACAAGUGCGACAUGAACGACAAGAGACAAGUGUCCAAGGAGAGAGGAGAGAAGCUCGCCAUCGACUACGGGAUCAAGUUCCUGGAAACAAGCGCCAAGUCCAGUAUCAACGUGGAGGAGGGCUUCUACACGCUCGCCCGAGACAUCAUGGCCAGGCUCAACAGGAAAAUGAACGACAACAACCCGUCAGGUGGAGGUGGGCCCGUCAAGAUCACGGAGCCCCGCUCCAAGAAGAGCCUGUUCAGGUGUUCGCUGCUGUAGGCGGAGCCUCGGCUCAGACCUCCUCCUCCUGCAGCAGGAGCUGAGGAACAACCUGUGGACAGUUUAGAAGCCUGCUGUGACUCCUCCUCCUUUUCUUCUUCUUCUUCUGUUUUCUUGUUGUCUGCUGUCAGCUCAGCAGUCGGAGGCUGAGCCAACGCAGCAUCUCAGUGUUUGUUGCAGCGAGAACACGGAGGCGACGAUGAUGAUGAUGAUGAUGAUGAUGAUGGCGAUGAAGGACAAGGCCGAUGACUGUUUGUACCAAAGUGGGUGGAGCUGUGGCUCCGCCCUCUCCUCUGAUUUUACGCGUUGAGGAUGAAGCAUUUAAGGAUCAGACAUGUAGCAGACUCUUGCAGAGGCUUCAGUCCGACUCUUACAGCAACUGACCAAUCACAGACCAGCGGCCUGGACUACGAAGCAGGUAACCAAGGAUACGAGGUGCGAUUAAAGAGUUCAGUCAGGCGGGUAUCCACCUACUGCAGCGUGGACGUCAGCAGCUCCACAAUCUCCCGCGAUGGCGGCUGGAUCUCGCUCGGGUCUCUGUUCUGUCUGCAUCUUCAAAUCCAUCCGUCAGGCUCUCGCUUCCUGCCUCCCUCACUCAUGAACACACUUCUCCGAUGGGGCAGCAACUCAUUCCCAAAGAGUCUUCGACCAAAUUCAAAUCAGAAUCAAUGUUUUCCAUUUUUUAAUUAUUAUUUUUUUAAUAAACACCGUAACUGAACUUUCCGAUCGCACCUCGUAUGUCUCAUCAUGAUCUAAUCGUGAAAAGUGGGAACACGGUGGUUGUGAAGCCAAACCAGGUUUUCUGAAUCUGUGCACAGGUUUACAGCCUCGCGCACCGCCGUCACAAACCCCAAAACCUGUGUUAAACCUGAGGUCUCUAAGCCCAGAUCCUGCUUCGUGGUUCAGGCCUCGGUCAGAUCGCUUCAGCUAAUCUCCUGCACGCCGCCUAAAAAUAAGCUGAACUACAGGAACUUACCUGAUGUUGGUUAUCAGAGGCAAACUGUGCAGGACCUUCUUUGAAAACGUCCUGAAAUGUGCAGCUUUGUAUUUUAGGAAACUUUGCAGGAAAUCAGCUGAAAAAAUUAAAAUAAAUAUAUAUAAAUAUAUAUAAAAAUGUAUAAAAUCAUUUUCAUUUCAAUCUUGAAUUUCCAACUCAAACAUAGGAAGUAAAAGCCCGGUAAGAUCGGCGGGCUUCGAACAGACGAGUGGAAAUCAUAAAAAUAUUAUCGAGUUUUAAAUUUUGUGUUCACUAAAAUGUCUUAACCUUCAUGUGACCUCCAGCCUUCAUUUCCUUUCAGAGUUUAUUUUAACUAAACAGAACUAAUAGUUUUAUAUUUUAUCUUUUUUUAAUGCAUCUUUAGUUAAUUCUGUUCCUUUAAAACGUCUCUGUGAUAAAUAUGUAUGAAAGCAGAGAAAGUCCCUGCGAAGCAGCUUUUUCUUCUCUGUUCAAAGACGCGAAGAAGCUUCUGUUUUUACUUUUGAUGCUUUUCUGUGUUUUUGUAUUUAGUCGUUUAAUGGCACACGUGCUGCUUUUAUUUUGUACGUUUUCAAAGGAACUGUACAACCUGCGCUUUUAUUUUGAAGUGUUUUAUUUUCAUGUGCAGCUGCUGGUGUUCGAUUUCCUCUUUCUGACUCCCGAUCGGUUCAUUGGCUGAAACUAUAUAUUUGUCAUCGUAAAAGAUGUUCCUGCUAAAAAAAAUUUUUUAACUUCGGUCAGAAGUUAAAAUCUGAACAAUGAUUGAUUAAAUUCGAUGAGCACGGCGUGGAAACGUAAACUCAAACUUUUAGUUUCCUGUAGUUUACUCUGAAAAGCUGUUUCCGCUGAAGGAACUCGAGCUCUGAAACGUUUGCAGUCGAUAUUCUGCGAUAACUUUGACCGUCACGACAAUCCCAAAACACCCCAAACAACGGCGGGAAGCGAGAUGGAAACACGGGAUAUAAAGUGAAGCUACUUUCAGUUUUUGGAAAGUCCUCAAAUUCAUAUAAUCCCUCCUGACUGUUUCCGUGAAGGCAGAGUGAAAACGGAAAGAUUUUGUGACGUCUGUCCUGAGCCCGCCAAAAACGAGUGAGGCGCGUCGCCGUUGGUCGUUUUUGUCUCGCUUUAGAUGGGUUUCUAGUUUUACAAAUAUCGUGAAGUAUAUCAGAAGCAGUGUGUUUUUUUUUAUAUAUUCAAGUACUUCAUAAAGAUCCUACAAUAACAGACAGCGCCCAUGUGCACGUAGUGACAGUGGGAAGGAAAAACAUCUUUUUAACAGGAAGUACCCUCCGGCAGAACCAGGCUCAGGAAAGACAGCCGCCGGUUUAAGUGAUUAAAUAUCCCAUUUUUGUCUGAAAUAUGUCUGUACUCGUUUUUACUGGAGCCUGGUGAGAUGCAAGGUGGUAUCAGCAAACUUGGCUUACCACCUUGCACUUCCUGCUCAGCUCAAAGCCUGCAGCAUCUGUUCUGCAAGUUCCUUUGGAGGAAAAAUACUUUCAGUGAUUUAGCUUCUGGAAAAUUCCUAAAACUGAAUUCUGGCUUGAUCCCGAGUUCAGCGGGAACAGACGCUCAGCAGCUGCACACGAAGCCCUUGUGCAGAAAUCAGUGUUACAGCACGUUUGUUUACAGCAGCAGUGCUUUUAUUGUACUCCGCUCGGCUUCCUGUCACAGCCACAGACUGUAAAUAAAGAUGGAUGACAUGCCGCCUCUUCCUCAGAGUAUCCGCCAUUCUGGUUUAAUGCGGAAUAACUGUGACCUCAAUCAGAGAAGCUGCCAAUCAUGGCCACAGACAUCAGCUUAAAGCACCCAAUCAAAAAACAGUAAGAAUGUACUUGGAACCUGUGUACCACGUUUCCUCACUUCCUGUCAUCCAUCUUUAUGUCCAGUCAGAACGUCUUAAAGAUUAAUGAAGAGCUGAAGGAGGCGUGCUCAACGUGUUUUUGUACUUUUCAGCACUUUGUAAUUCGCUAUGCAAAAACCACUUUUUCCUUUUAUCAGGAGUUUGUGUUACUGUGCUCUGAUUGGUCACACAGGUCGUCAGACACAUCGAUGUGUUUGUCAGAGGUCAUACUUUUAGUAGGAAACUGGAGUUUAUUUUAAAUGUGACUUUCAGAUUAAAAGCCUUGUCACUUCAGCACAUGGAAAGACGGAUGGUUUUAAUAAAGUUUUAUAUUUGGGACUUUGGUGUCGGCUGGGAUUGAAAGUUACUGAUGAGGGUGAAACAGAUGAAGGCUCUGAGGAGGAGCUGGAUGUUUUCUUUUUUUAAUCUGAAUCAAAGAAAAGGGCUGCAGACCAGAGGCUCUUAAUGUGAAAUUCACAAGACUGAUUCAGUAGGUUUCGGUGACCUCUGACCCCAUCAGUGUCUUCCGUUUGCUCUGAGAUGUUUGGAGCGUCGUCGCUGCUUCAGCUGAUGAACAAUAAACAACUUUUUCUACCAUCA